CUAACUCUUCCAAUGGCCACUCCCUCACAAUUCGACAUGCCCGACGAUGACCAGCUCCCCCUUCCGGGCUUCCGCUUCCACCCGACAGACGAAGAGCUCGUUGACUUCUACCUCCGUCGCAAAGUCCACAACAAGCCUCUCGCCAUCGAACUCAUCAAACAAAUCGACAUUUACAAAUACAGCCCAUGGGAUCUUCCUCAUGCGAGUAACGCGGUGGGGGAGAAAGAGUGGUACUUUUUCUGCAAACGAGGGAGGAAGUAUAAGAACAGUGGGAGGCCAAAUAGGGUGACCGAGUCAGGGUUUUGGAAGGCCACUGGAAUUGAUAAGCCUAUUUAUGGGCACACCCACCAUGGGUGCAUUGGGUUGAAGAAGACGCUUGUUUAUUACCGUGGAAGCGCCGGUAAAGGCACUAAGACCGAGUGGAUGAUGAAUGAAUUUCGUCUUCCUUCUUCUUCUUCUUCUUCUUCUUCUUCUUCUUCUUCUUCUUCUUCUUCUUCUUCUUCUACUUCUACCUCCCGCCAUCCCUUCGGUACAAUGAUUAAAAACAGCCUCCAAGAAGCUGAAAUUUGGACUUUGUGUCGCAUAUUCAAAAGAAACAUCUCCACCAGAAAAGCCAUCAGUACGCACAAUUGGAGGGAGAUUCCAGCGCCCAAAAGUCAAUCUAUGGAGGUCAUGAACUUCAGAGCAACCACCAAUGAUAUCAAUAUCGACAGAUGUUUGAGUGACAACCAAGAAAGUAGAUACAUCGGAUUCGCCUCUCAUAAUUCCUUCAUUACCUUUGAUCAUGUGAAGGAGGUUCAAAGUUCUCCUCAGAUUCAGAUGGUGCACGGUGGCCGAUUCAUGACUCGUUUUUGUGGCCCAACUGAUCAGCCAUCAUCCGCCGAUCAUAAUUCGCCGACGAACGUAUCACCGUCGUCGUCGAGCUUCUCGGAUUUUGAUGAGGAUGCCACUGAUUUGUUUGGGUACGAAAAAUGGGAAGAGCUGAAAUCGAUUUUGGAGAGUGAUCUUGAUUCAUGAAGAGUUUCAAGUUCAGUUAGAUGCAAAUUUAUGGUGGUUGUUUUACUGAACAUAUGACUCGAAAGUGACGGUCCAUAGUUCACUUAAUGAUUUAAAUGUCUUGAUUAAAGUCUUUUCGAGAGGGUUUGGAUGAUGAGAUUGUAUACACAUGACUAAU